GCCGCCGUGACCCGCGCCGGCGCGGCGAUCCCAGAUGAAACGGCGUCGAAGAAGCCAAAGUUGGACUUUGAAAGUUUAUACCAGAACUCGUUGCAGCUCACCCGGGGCAUGGACCAGCUCCCUUCACUGCAACGUAGUCUCGAUCAGCUGCAUGCCGUCACAAGCGCCAAGUCGCUCGGCUCGUCGGCCGCUGCUUCAUCCUCAGCCACGAACAAGGCACAAUUCCUCUUGGCUGGACGUGGGUUUGACGCAGAGAAACUCAGCCGUGAACUUCGCCAGCACGAGCUAAAGGCCUCGUUUGAGCCCAAGGAAUCUCUCGGCGCUUGCGACCUCGACGGGUUUCUCCGCCACCACCACGAAAUGAUUGUCGUGACUGCUAUUGAAGAAGCUUUGGCAGCGUCGACGCGUGCAGCACAACAGAGUGCAAUGAAUGCGCUGACGAGCGAGUUCCAGUCAUCGAAAGCAAAGCUCAUGCAGGACCUCCAGGGCAAGUCGACCCCAGCUCCUCUCGCGUCCCAGCGUCCCGUGAACCUCCCGUCGACGACAUCUACAUCUUUCAUUCCUGCUGCCAAAGCUACGACAUCUACACAACCCAGCGCCAUGUCCGAGGCCAUGCAGGUGUACGCGGCAGCCGUCCGUGCAUAUUUCCAGGCCAAAUCCCUCUCCGUACCGGAGUUCAACCUCAUCGAAGCGUUUGCAUCUGCCGCCAAGUCGUUGGUGGCUCCUUCUCUCUCCACUGAUUCCGCCGAGCACGAGUCACUGUGCGUGUGGGAGCUCCUUGGCCAAAUGACCCAACACCGCUCGUCCACAAGUUCCUUGCGAUCUGUCGCCCUUGCAGCCGGGGCACGCAAGUUUUUUGAAUCGCGAUACGUUGUUUUCAUCGAGACGAAGCUGGCGCAGCUCAAUGCGCCCCGGGGUGGGGACUUUGGCCGCCGUGCGCUUGUGUUAACGUACGUUCGCGAUGUGCAGCAAAUUUUGCCCCCUCAACAGGUGUGGGCGGUCGUGUACUACUUGCUUCGAAGCGGCAGUCUUUCUGACGCCAUCGCGGUGGCCGAGGGCCAAUUGUCGAGUUCGUCGUCGUUGCCGCUAGUGAUUGAAGCGCUGCAGCACAUUGCGUCGACGAGCUCAGCAGAGAAAGUGCAGCCGUUGGAACAGGCCAACCCGGCGCUGUACCACAAGCUCACAACCGUAUUUGACACGUUGGUGGCCACGAACAAAUCGUCGCCGUCAUUGCCAACGAACCGAUUUGAAGUGGCCGUGGUGAAUUUGGUGACCGGUCGCGACCCCCUCUUCCGCAACGCAGGCGUGGUCGAGAAUAUCGAAGACUUUUUGUGGCAAGUGCAGUUCUGCAGCCAGCAGCACACGGAUCCUCUCGACGUCGCAACCAAGGUCCUCGCGCUCGUCCAGCCGUCCGAGUUUAACCACACGACACUGGGCGGUGUAUUCGAGUACGUGCGACUGCUAGUAGUGUGCCAGAGAUUCGACGCGGCCGUCGAGUCACUGGCCGCCAAGGGCUUUGUUGUCGAAGCCGUCCACGUUGCGAUCUCACUCGCUCCUCACAUUAAGUCGAACAACCCCGACUUUUUCACCCGCCUCCUACGACAGUACAUCCACCAGUUCCAAACGACCAACCCGAGCGACGCCGCCAUGUAUAUUGCCUGCCAUCCUGACGCCGACAUGGUCCGCGCGCUGAGCAGCGACCUCCUCCUCGACACGGUCGCGUUCCAAGCGCUGGCGGGGGCGACCGAUCCCACGGAUGGCUCCCGCAUUCCUGGCGCGCUGGAUUUGUACCAGACCCGAACAGAGGUGCGCGAAAUCGUCCUCUGGGCGUCCCAGCAAGCGCAAAACCAAGGCCGGCAUGAGGACGCGCUGCAACUUUUGACGCUGGUCGGCGAUGUCGAAGGCGGCAUGGUAUUGUUGAACGCCCAGCUCACUCGAACGCUUUCUACGCCGGUAUGCCACGUCGACUGGAUCAGUGACGGGCCUUGUAACGAAAUGUUGCUGGAGCUGUAGGACCGAAUGACGUGGGUUAACCACGCGCGAACUUUUGCCGAUACGUGGCUUCGGGCGUCGUGGGCGCUCGACAUUGCACUGAACCAUGCGCGUAGCGCGGCCCUGGCGUUCCAGACGUUGAUGAACAUUGGUCUGUUUCUGGAGCUGUUGGACGCCAAGAAAUUCACGGACGGCAUCGUGUUCAUUGAAGCGCUGGCGCUUCUACCGGUGCCGGGCGGAGAACAAGCCGCCGUCGACCAGCUUAUGUCAAUGGAUCGAGGCGUACAACAAAACGUACACCUCCUCCUCGUGGGGUACAUGGAGUGUCUCGUAUGGGAGACGGAGCGCACGAAGGCGUCGAUCCCGGCGGUCGAGACCCAGGGGCACAUGUGCAAGCAACUGAGGGACAAGGCGCGGGCAGUCGUGUCGUUCUCUGGCAUGAUCAAGAUCCGACUCCCUCUCGGUGUGAACGAACGGUUAAACCAGCUCGAAAUUCGCAUGAUGUAGCGAGGGACUGCGCGCUUCCUCAGGCGGCACGUUCCUGGUCGAUGGCAAUAACAGUAUAACUACGACGCACCGUAUUCAAAUGCAGUGGAUUGUCCAGAGCCGCUCGAAUCGAAGAUGUCAGGCG